UGGAAAGGCCUAUAGAGUAUAUUCCUAAUGACUAUGGCUUCAAAAAUUAGCUAUGUGAAGGUUACUCUAGAAUCAAACCAAAACGCAGAUAGUCAAUGGGUUUGAUGUCCCUUUUUCGUCUUAAAGUUUCUUUUGUUUACAACGGUCAUCUGUCUUUGUGCUCUCAUGCUUUCCCGCCACUCUCACUUCAAAUGCCUCCGUAGAAUGCCCAGUUGCCCAUCCAAUGGUAGGAAGACCUUCCACUCGUAUAACCAUGCCCACCAAGUGCUCGACCAAAUGCCUCACUCGGGCAUUGCAUCUCUCAACCGCACCAUGCUCACCUGUGUACAUAGGAAUCGUCAGUUUGAAGCUCUUGACAUCUUCAGGAAACAGGUCAAGUGGGGUUUUGCUAAAAACAUUGAUGAAGUUACGAUAGCUGUCGCUCUCAAGGCAUGUCGUGGGGAGCUCCAGCCCGGGUGCCAAAUCCAUGGCUUUGCGAUUUCAUCUGGGUUUAUUUCAUAUCUCACCGUCUCGAAUUCUUUGAUGAAUAUGUACUGUAAAUGUGGGCAAUUCGAUCGGGCUUUAGAUAUUUUUGAGAGCUUGAAUGACCCUGAUAUUGUUUCUUGGAACACUGUUCUUUCGGGGUUUCAAAACGGGGAAGGUGCAUUGAGUUUCGCCCUUCGAAUGAAUAGAAUCGGGGUUGUCUUUGAUGCAGUGACUUAUACGACUGUUCUUGCCCUUUGUUCGGACCAGGAGGAGUUUCUCUUUGGAUUUCAAUUGCAUUCUCUUAUAUUGAAAUGUGGUUUAGAUUGUGAAAUUUUUGUUGGGAAUGCCCUCAUAACAAUGUAUUCGAGAUCGGGUUGUUUAUUGGAAGCUAGGAGAGUGUUUGAUGGAAUGCCCAAUAGAGAUGUAGUAUCUUGGAAUGCUAUUAUUUCGGGGUACACUCAGGAGGGAUAUUGUGCACAAGAAGCAAUUCUUGCUUUUAUUGAAAUGGUCAGAGAUGGAAUGAGGCUUGAUCAUGUCUCAUUCACAAGUGCAGUUUCAGCCUGUGGCCAUGAAAGAAACUUAAACCUAGGGAAACAGGUACAUGGUUUGACAAUAAAGGCAACAUAUGAGACUCAUUUAUCAGUUAGUAAUGUGUUGAUUUCAAUGUAUUCAAAAUGUGAGGUUGUUGAAGAUGCAAAACUGGUCUUUGAAAACAUGACUGACCGCAAUGUGGUCUCCUGGACAACAAUGAUUUCUAUGAACGAAGAAGAUUCUGUGUCUCUAUUUAAUGGGAUGAGGAUGGAUGGAAUUUAUCCAAAUGAUGUCACAUUUGUCGGAUUACUACAUGCCAUAUCAGUCAGGAAUUUGGUGGAAGAAGGCAGAAUGAUUCAUGGGUUCUGUAUAAAGACAAGCUUUCUAUCAGAAUUGAAUGUUUCUAAUAGCUUCAUUACCAUGUAUGCUAAACACGAAUCAAUGAAGGAUUCAAUGAAGGUUUUUGAGGACCUCAACUACAGAGAAACCAUUUCAUGGAAUGCCUUAAUUUCUGGGUAUGCUCAAAAUGGGCAGUCCCAAGAAGCGCUUCGAACAUUCUUUUCAGCAAUAAUGGAGUCCCAGCCAAACCAAUAUACGUUUGGCAGCAUCUUGAAUGCAAUUGGGGCUGCUGAUGCCAUUUCUUUGAGACAUGGCCAACAUUGUCAUUCUCAUAUAAUAAAGCUAGGACUAAAUACUGAUCCAAUUGUAUCAGGUGCUCUCCUUGACAUGUAUGCAAAGCGCGGUAGCAUUUGUGAGUCCCAAAAAGUUUUCUGUGAAAUACCUCAAAGAGGCCAAGUUGCUUGGACAGCAAUAAUCUCUGCUCAUACAAGGCACGGGGACUAUGAUUCUGCGAUGAGUCUUUUUGAGGAGAUGGGGAGGGAAGGUGUAAUACCUGACUCAAUUACCUUCCUUGCUGUAUUAACAGCAUGUGGACGGAAGGGAAUGGUUGACAUGGGUCAGCAAAUCUUCAACUCAAUGGUCAAAGACCAUCAUAUUGAACCAAACCCGGAGCAUUAUUCUUGUAUAGUGGAUAUGUUGGGCCGGGCAGGACGACUGAAGGAAGCAGAAGAGUUUGUAGACAGGAUUCCAGGACGGCCGGGAGUGUCUGUGCUGCAAAGCUUGCUUGGAGCUUGCAGGAUACAUGGGAAUGUUGACAUGGGUAGAAGGGUGGCAGAUGCUUUAAUGGAGAUGGAACCAAUGGCAUCAGGUUCUUAUGUACUGAUUUCGAACAUGUAUGCUGAGAAGGGGGAAUGGGAAGAGGUGGCAAAAAUAAGGAAAGGGAUGAAAAACAGGGGUGUGAGGAAGGAAAUAGGAUUCAGUUGGGUGGAUGUGGGUGAUGUUGACGAUUCCUUGUGUUCGCACGGAUUCUCCUCGGACGACAUGUCUCACCCGCAAUCCGAGGAGAUAUACAGGAUGGCAGAAAGCCUAGGAUCAGAAAUGAAACAUUUAGAGGGAGGUAGCAGUUGUAAUAUUGUCUCAGAUGGAGAGGAAUUGGAACCCCUCUAUGCUGUGGGCUAGUUUUUUUCUUUUUUCUUUUUUUCCAAAUUUGAUUUAAUCAUUGAAAACUAUUCUAAAUUGAAAUUGAUUUGGCAGAAUCAUUUUCACAA